AGCAUGCAUGUCCACGUUAACAUUGUUUGAACUGCACACAUAAUACCUCCAAACCGCAACCUCUUGAACAGCCGAACCUCCACAUAUCAAUCGAAACUAUAGAUAUUUCACGAACCUCCCCCUUGUCCCGACAACAUCCAAGUGCUAGCAACUAUGAACAGACCAGGAGCAGCGCCACAGUCGCUCCGUGGUCUACCGAACGGCUUUUCGAGUCAACAACAAUCAAUAGGGCCGUCGAGGAAUGCCCCGGCGAGGAUGGUCAAUGGCAAGAUGACACCCAGCAACGGGGCCACUUGGGCAUUUGGCGGUGUCCCUAUGGGCACCGCUGGGCUUCCUAGCCAGCGACAGACCACUGCUCCGAUGACAAGUUUUGCCCAAUCGAUUGGGAGCUCUCAACCAGCAGCCCCUCUAGAUAUGUCUGAAUUCCCAUCACUGUCAAAUAACCCUUCACACCAAGCCUCCAGUUCUGCUCAGUCCACAUGGGCAAUGCCAGGGGCACGUCAAUUAGGGCAGGCUGCGACCCAUCGGCCGCAACACGGCAUUCUACCUGCGCAACAACAAAGCCAAGCACAACAGCAGACCCAGCAACAGCAAGAUGAUCUUUUCUCCUCGUCAUCCCAGCUCCCAAGUUCUCAAAGUGGCUUCCGAUUCGGUGGACAAAAUGCCGUGGGACAGUCAUCUCAACCUCAAGAAAGUGCUGCGGAAGAGUUCCCCCCGUUAAAUCGGAAUGCAAACGGAGAGAUUGGCCAAGACCGUAAUCUGGGCUCGUUACAAAGCCCUGGUUUCGGCGCUCCUUCAAGCACCCUCGGGUUUCCUGCUGGGGCCAGUGGCGCCCAGGCUUCUAGGAGCAACGGCCUGCUUAAUGCAGUCAAUACGGGCAACAGAGCUGCGCCGACAAACCCGCGCGAUAACUCAGUAAACGUUCCAGGUCCUCCAGCGUCUCAAAAUCCACCAUCAAGCCUUGAGAAGGAGAUAGGAUUCAGCAGACCGCCACUAUCAGAAGCCGCGGACAGUUUAAGUCCACACGGCCAGCCAGCAACUGCAGACGCCAAAAGUGUACCUUAUAAUCAACCUAUACCACCUCAGUCUCAACCAAAUGGGUUUGAAGCCGACCCCACGGAUGAAGCUGGCCCUAUUAGCCAAGAUCCGCUUCCAGGGAUGAGUGACAGAGACCGAUAUGGCCUUAAGGGGCUGAUUGAGAUGCUCAAAGGCCCAUAUCCAGACCAGGCUGCACUCAUAACUGGUGUUGAUAUUGCCGCUUUGGGAUUCGACCUGAACACCACUGAGCGUUUGUCAGAGACCAUCUGGUCACCAUGGGAUGACGUUCCAGCAAGGCCGGAUAUUCCACAGCACACUAUUCCAGAUUGCUAUCAGGUCCACAACGUCCAGCCCAUCGAGAACAAGCUGUCCAACUUCAGCGAUGAGACGUUAAUGUUCAUGUUCUAUAACAACCCUCAAGAUAUCCAACAAAUGAUUGCAGCGCAGGAGCUUACCAACCGCAACUGGCGUUAUCACAAGAAGCUCUCAAUGUGGCUGACGAAGGACGACAUGAUGCAGCCGCAACUCCUCGGAAACGGCACAGAGCGCGGCUACUACGUCUUCUUCGACCCGAAACUCUGGUCACGCGAGCGCCGCGAGAUGCUGUUAAGCUACAUCGAUCUGGAGGUUGUCCCCAACGGCCCAGCAGGCCCGAUAUCAUAGUCCCACAACCACGGAACUGGACGUUUAGAUAGGGCCCAACAUAGCUUAUUCCCCGGCCGCCGCCUCUGGUGACCCCUCGCGCACAAAAAACCUUGUAUUCCGACCUCCGUCCGUCCAUAAACCCUCUCCCUUCGCUCCGGUCCAUACACACACACAUACAAACCCGUUCUGUACCAUCUCCCAUCACACCGGGUCACCACGGCGAUCUAGUCACAAUUCCGGCGUUUCCAUUUUCCAAUCUCGUUUUUUUCCGUCUCCAACAAUCCAUUUCUCAGGCGCACAGUUUCGUCACCACCGGCGG